GUUGACCUCGACAAAUGUGGCGUGCAGGAGUUGCAGGUUAAAGUGAUGGAGCCUGGGUGUAAACCUGUGACGUAUGACAUUCAACUGGGAGACGAGCUGCUGAUCGCUCCGCUGUCGCUGUGCUACCCCGCGCUGCUGCAGCUCACGGGCGACACGACGCGAGUCCUGACCCAGCCUCCCUACCCCGGCCACCACGAGGACCCCUUCGACGACCUCUACCUCAGAGACACCAGUAGACGCAGCGGCAAGGAGUCUUCUGAUGGCGCGGGUGAGGCCGCUGAGGAGGACAUCGCCGUGGAUGACAACCUCAACGGGAGGCCAGAGACCGGCUGCCCUGUCCUCAGUGGCCUCAUGUCUCUUGAGCAGGCCAUCCACGCCAGCAUUGAGAGAUGUCCGGAAGAAGCGCGGCGACGCCUGUACGCGUGCAUCGUGGUGGUGGGCGCAGGCGCAAACUUCCCUCAUCUGGGCAAGUGGCUGCAGAACAGGAUUUCUCUGCAGAUACCCAUGGCGUACCGACCAGAACAACUGGAGGUGAUAACCCGAGCCAAAGAUCUCGACCCCGGCACGGUAGCAUGGAAGGGAGCUGCACUCAUGACCGGAUUGGAAGGCAGUGGAGAAUUGUGGCUGAGCAAAGCCGUGUGGACCAAGCACGGGGUUAGAGCGCUUCGGGAGAAAUGUCCGUUCAUCUGGUGAUGUUCAGUCUCGUCUUCUGUUUUGAAGGUACACUACAAGAUCAGAAUAAACAAAAAAUGAAGAUUCAAGGUCAAGGUAGCAGCCAAUCUCAGAAAAAUGGAAAACCGGGAUUGGUGAAGCCUGCUUGUUUAAUACUAAAUACUGGCAUAGUCGAUUCAUUGGUACCUGAAUUACAAGUUAAGGAAAAUGA